CGCUUACAGAUCAUAAGCUUAAUUACUUAUAAUCUUCGUAGAAUUGUUUUGCCUCCAGUAAUAGUUCGGUGAAUUCGAGAAUGAUGCGACUAUCAUAAAUAUAGGUAGUCUGCUCAAUUUUGUUAGGAUCCAUUAUCAAACAGAUAGAACAAAAAAUCCAAGGUCACAAUUGUAGUCGCGCUACUUGCUUUACAAGUGCUAAUACCUUCUGACUGAUUUGAAGUCAUGAGUUGAAUGAAGUUUCUUCACGUUGCGACAUUGUCUACUAUUUCUUGUGGUCGUUGCAUAUUGUUUAUAAUUCUAUUACGCGGCGAUACAAGUGGUAGUAACUAUCUGUUUUAGCAACUACCAGGCUCUGAAUUAGUUCUAUCAGUUAUGGCUAAACCAACAACUUGUAAGGAAGCCAUUCAAAGAUGGGAAGAAAAAACUGGUUUAACCGCCAGUGAACAGACUGAAAUCAACUUGUCCUUUCAAUGGCCUCCUAUUGAGAAAAUGGACAACAACUUAGCAGCUCUAACAUCUGUACAAAAAUUAUCUCUCUCAACAAACAUGAUAGAGAAGAUCAGUGGUAUCAAUUCCUUGAAGAACUUGAGAAUUUUAUCUGUUGGGCGCAAUUACAUCAAAACAUUUUCCGGUUUAGAAGCGGUGGGAGAGCAUUUAGAAGAAUUAUGGAUAUCUUACAAUCAGAUCGAGAAAAUUAAAGGUGUAAAUGUUUUGAAAGCCCUAAAAGUCCUUUACAUGUCCAAUAAUUUGGUGAAAGACUGGGCGGAAUUCAAUCGUUUGCAAGAAAUACCGCAUCUUGAAGAUCUAUUGUUUAUUAACAAUCCUAUCUGCGAAAACGUGGACGUAGAAUUUUGGCGUAGUCAAGUCACCAAAAGACUGCCCAAAUUAAAGAAACUGGAUGCUAUACCCAUUGUUUAAAUAUUUUUAAACGAGUACGUUCAAUCUAAUCGUAAUUUAAUGAAUUCUAUAUAGUUAAUAAAAAGUUGAAUCUUGUUAAAAAUCUUGCAAUAAGAUUGCACAACAUGUAUUUACAUAACACAGUAUGUAUACAUUUAUGAUACAUUUUUUUUCAUCAAUUAUGAUACAUCAGAUUGAUAUCAUCUC